AUGUCGGACUCUGAAUCAGAUGAUGAUAUUCCCGCCGGCUGGGAACAGCGCGUUUCGGAUAACAGCGAUUUUGUGUACUACGUCAACCCUGACACCGAUCAAACGUCUCGCAGCGAUCCCCGUUUAGCUUAUGCCGUUGAAAUGUCAGAGGCUAAUGCACCAGCGCUGACAAACAGAUACAAAGAGCUGGGAUCUUCCAGCACUACCGACGAUGUACUUGGACCACUGGACUUGAGUGGAAAGUGUGCGAUUGUGACCGGUGCCAAUUGCGGUAUAGGCUUCGAAACGGCAAAAGCUUUCGCUUCUAGAGGUGCUCAUGUCAUUUUGGCGUGUCGCAACAACGACAGCGCCAAUCAAGCUAUCCAGGACAUUCUUUCCAUUUACAAUCAAGGUGCAGCGACAGUUGUGUUUUGCGCCGUUGCACCCGAAUUUGAGCGUCACGGAGGGCUCUACUUUAACAACUGCAAGGAAUGCACACCUUCUUCGUUGGCAAACAAUGAGCUUUUAGCGGCUAUGCUCUGGGAGCACAGCAAAAAGCUGAUUAAUAAUAUUGUUCCAAUUGAUAAAAACAUCUAA